UGUCCUUACAUCUACUCACAAGCACACUAUUCCUUUAUCUUCCUUGCUUUUCAGUACUGUUACUCCUGUAGAGUUUUUGAUUCUGAUUGCAGAUCAAGCAGUUAUGGAAAUUCUAAUUCCGCUGUCAUUUAUGUUACUCUUUCUGCUGCUUGUACCUUCCUGCAUUUGUUCUUCCCCACUUCAAGAUCCUGAACUAGUGGUGGAAGAUGUACAAAAGAGCAUUAAUGCCUCAAGGAGGAACUUAGCAUUUCUCUCUUGUGGGACGGGGAACCCCAUUGAUGAUUGUUGGAGGUGUGAUGCCAAUUGGGAAAAGAAUCGGAAGAAUUUAGCAGAGUGUUCCAUUGGGUUUGGUAAGCAUGCAAUUGGAGGGAGGGAUGGUAAAAUAUAUGUGGUGACUGACCCUGGUGAUCACCCUGUGAAUCCCAAGCCAGGAACACUGAGAUAUGGUGUGAUCCGAGAGGAACCACUGUGGAUCAUUUUCCAGCGUGACAUGGUGAUCAAGCUGAAGCAAGAGCUUAUGAUGAACUCUUUCAAGACCAUAGAUGGUAGAGGGGUAAGUGUGCACAUUGCUGGUGGCCCUUGCAUUACUAUACAGUAUGUGAGCAACAUUAUCAUUCACGGGAUUAACAUCCAUGACUGUAAACAAGGAGGGAAUGCUUAUGUGAGAGACUCCCCUACACACUAUGGGUGGAGGACUCUCUCAGAUGGUGAUGGCAUCUCCAUCUUUGGUGGGAGCCAUGUUUGGGUGGAUCACUGUUCUCUCUCCAAUUGCCGUGAUGGGCUGAUUGAUGCCAUCCAUGGAUCCACUGCCAUUACCAUAUCCAACAAUUACUUGACCCACCACAACAAGGUCAUGCUUUUGGGCCAUAGUGAUACUUUCACUAGGGACAAGAACAUGCAAGUCACCAUUGCCUUUAACCAUUUUGGAGAAGGGCUAGUACAGAGAAUGCCAAGAUGUAGGUAUGGAUAUUUCCAUGUGGUGAACAAUGAUUACACCCAAUGGAAAAUGUAUGCCAUAGGAGGGAGUGCUGCACCAACAAUCAAUAGCCAAGGGAAUAGGUUUUUUGCUCCUAAUGACCAUACAUUCAAAGAGGUGACAAAGAGGGAGAAUGCAGCACAGAGCAAAUGGAAGAAUUGGAAUUGGAGGUCAACGGGAGAUUUGAUGCUAAACGGUGCGUUUUUCACUGCAUCAGGAGCAGGUGCAUCUUCAAGCUAUGCAAGAGCUUCCAGUUUGGCAGCAAAACCAUCUUCACUCGUCAGUUCUUUAACAGCAUCAGCUGGAUCACUUAGAUGUAGAAAGGGUUCACGUUGCUGAGUUCAACCAUUGACCAACACAACCCAAUAUUAUUACAUCAUACUACUAUAUUAUAUUACACAGUAAUAAAUGGCAAACAAUAAUAAUGCAUGCCAAGUGGUUCAACUUUCUGUAUAUGUAACUCUUUAGACAUUUUUCUUUUUUGUAACGACAACCUUAGCUUGUGUUCACAAUACAAAACAUCCACUUUCAGGUUGAUAGACCACACAAGCUGUAGAGUUGAUGUAAUUGAAUGUUCAAUGAAAAACCAGAAUGAAGACAAGUAGUAGCUCAUUGAAAUGCCUA